AAAAAAUAGGCGCCAUUGUAAGAUAAGCGUUUGUUAGUUGUUUAGGCAGAUUUAUGAAGAAAUAAGUUUUUUUUUCUGCUUUUGAUUUGAAUGCUUCGCGCAUUCUAGGUUAAUUAAAGUUACAUCUUGAUAAUAAAAAUAUCGUAAUUAUGAAGAGGCCCAACUUUAAAGUCGGCGAUAAAAUCUUCGCCAAAGUUAAAGGAUAUCCAGUAUGGCCAGCACGCAUUGUCUCCGAAGCUGGAAAAAAGUUCAAUGUCUUGUUUUAUGGCACUGGUGAAACUGGAUGCAUUAGUAGUGAACACUUGUUCUAUUACUUGAAAAAUAAGAAAAAGUUUCAGAAACCAUUGAAAAGACAAGACUACAUUGCUGCUUUUAAAGAGAUAGAAGACGCUAUAAAAAAGGAUGGCGGAGAUGGGGAUGAAUCUCCAGAUAAAAACGAUUCUCUAGCAGCUGAUGUCUCCUUGGACACUUCUACUGCCAACAAUAGCCCUGUAGUAAAAACGGAAAAGAAAACACCAGCUAAAAGGAAGCGGUCCUCUGUGGCAGAUGACGCUGCAGCAGCCGAGACGAGCACACCUAAAAAGAAAUCUUCUCGUCUUUCAAGGAACAGUGAAGAACCACCGAAGGUAGAAAAAGAUAAAGACAUAGUCGAACCAGAAACACCGUCUAAAAAACCGGAGGAACCUGAAAAAGUAGUUCCUAAAAAAGAAAAAGUGGUUCCUAAAAAAACUCCAAAAGCUAAAGUUAAGGAGGAAAAGAAAAAGGCAGAUAAGAAAGAAGAGGAGACACCAGUAGAGGAGAAGAAAACAAGUGACGCUGGGAUUAAGGAAGAGACUGAAACUGUAACUGACAUGAGUGUAGAAGAUGAAAAACCUGAAAAUAAAGAAAAACCUUUAGAAAUAAUUGCUGAGCAUGUUCUAAGACAUAAUAUCCUUUAUGCAAACCAUGUAAAGAAGACAGAGUCUGAUUAUAAAGAAAGGCCAGUAGAACCGCGAGACGAUUCUCCUGAUCAAAUAUUACCGGUAACAUUACCAUCCGGUACUAUAGCAGGCAUAAAACUUCAUUUAAAGUGGCCGGUAGUAGUUACAAAUGAAUACGAACGAGCCGUUUACGAUGAGACAGUAGCAAAUAGAGUUUUAGAAACUAAACAAAAAAUCGAAUCCGGUGAGAGUAGUGUUGGUGACGAUCCCGAUGUGAUUAUUCCUAAUAUCGAAAAGACAGAAGAAGAAGUUAAACAGAUAUUGUAUGCGAAGAAGCUCGAAGCGAAGAAAGCGAAAAUAGCCAUGCUCAAUUUAGAGGCUGAGUUACUUAAUCUUGAUGUUAAGAUUAAAAAUUGUCUAGGUUUGGAUAAGGCUGAUCCCAAGGAAGCAAUUGGGUAUUUAGAAGAUAUGUACAAACUUAAUUUUGAUGCUAUCAUACUAAAAAAGCAUCUCCACAUCGUCGAAAUGGUAAGGAGGUUACGUAAAUAUGUAGGGAACACGAAGGAGUGGAAGAUGAACGAUGAAACCUUAAGUGAGUUUACUAAACAGGCAGAAACUGUGAGGGAAAUGGCAGAGAAGGUUUAUGGAAAAUUUAAGCAAACUGUUAAGUUAAAUGAUAAAAGCACAAGCUUUUUUGAAGGAUUCGCCGAAUUAGUAACUCGAUUUAGAGCAGACUGUAAACAAUUAGAACUUAGUGAGGCUGACAUUUUUGGACUAAGUUCUGAACCAAAAUCUCGUGCUGCAUUUAUUAACAGACUAGAGGAAAAUGAGAAGGAUAAUACUGAUGGCGCAAACGAUGGUGAAAAAGAAAAGGUAGUAAAUGGAAACGCAGAGGUAGAACAGAAAAGUUAAAAGUUUCCCAACCAGGACAUAAAGACGUUGUAUAUAUUACUUUGAGGUGCGAUUUUGUUCGUUGUAAGGCUUUUUUAUCAAAUUGAUAUCAGAAUUAUGUACAUACAGUUUUCCUUUUCUUACUAAAUAAUUAAAUUUAUUUAUAGAUUUCGACGUAAUUGAGAUAUAUUUUUAAUAAAUAGUAAUAUGUA